AUUUGUCUUAGCUCUUGUUGUCGCUGUGCUUGUUGCACGCAUCGAGACGCCUGUCUUUUGGGCUCGACGCGUCGCAACAUUUGUGCGUAGGGGCAGUGAACACUCGAACCACUGAGACACUCACUGCACAGGGCACUCACCCUCUCUUGGCAGUGAACGUACCUUCAAACACAUGUCUGUAUAGGCAGCAUCGUUUGCUGAACGCUGCACGCGCUUGAGCUCUCGCCGAUUGAGUUGACCGUAGAGGUCCGAGCCGCGAAGGGAGGCCUUCAGUGUUGUUGUUUCAUUCGAUUCCUCGCUGCGUGGAAGGACGGGGGGCAGCUGGCGAAAGUCACCCGCAAAGAUGAAGACCUUGCCGCCGAAGGGCAGCUUGCUUUUCAUGACGUCUUGCAGCAUGAGGUCAACAGCUUCAAUACACUUGCGGUGCGCCAUGCUGAACCAAAGACGCACGUUGCAGUCUAUGUGUGUGUGUGUCUCUGUGUGUAUGGCACCUGAUCUCAUCCCACACGAUGACCUUCGCUUUUCGCAGCAGGUCCGCUUUGGGCGAGUUAACGCUCAUGGUGCAUCGAACCUCCUCGCGAGUGAUGUUAUCGACGACGGGGAUCUUGUGGAGGCCGUGUGCAGUGUGGCCGCCGAUAUAGUUGAGUGCAGCGAGUGCUGUUGUUGCGGUUGCCAGAGCGAUGUCGCCGCGGCUGCGCACCGCAGAGAGCACGCAUCGCAGUAGCGUGGUCUUGCCAGCACCACCUAAACGAUACGCAUGCGGACUUGUGUCAUUUGUUCACACCAGUGGUUGUGUGAGUCGAUGUGUACCGGGAGCUUUGAUGAGACCCGCGAACGGAACAGGGUCGCCACCCCCUCUCGGAUAGAUGUGCUGCAUGAUGUCGUCAAACAGGUCGCUCUGCUCCCUGACGUUCUUGACCAUGUUGUACAGCUCCUCGUAGUAGCGCUUGAUGGCAGUUCGACUGCCGUAGGCUCUGCGCUCGCUCUGCUCCUCGGCAGUGAGGUUCUCGGGCUCUGGCAGACCACAGUCGGUGUUCGACUUGCCGUUCUCCUGCAGGUCCUCAGAAAUCUCCCGCAAUAGACGCUCGCGCGCUGCCUCAGGAUCGUCGACUUCCUCGUAGUCGUCCACCAUGAAUGGCAGGUACUGAUUGAAGAUGCUCUUCGCUGAGCACUCGUGGUUGAGGAUCAGGAUCAUGAACAGAAACCGCAGCUGGUAUGGAAAGACGGCCUGCUCCUCCACAGCCUCUCGCAUCACGUUCUCCACAUAUGUGUGUCCCUCCAGCAGCCCCGCCGCCUUUGCUGCCUCGCCGUACGUGUCGUAUGUGACGUCGUUGAUCGUUCGAAUGCUCUGCAACCAAGCAAAACAAUGCUCAUGUGUCAUGUACUGGUGUCCGAGCUUGAGUGUGUGUAUGCGUGUCUCACCUCAAAUGUGUGUCGCGCGACGGAGCUCUUCAGCAGCAAUCGCAGGUAGUACCUCUCGCCCUGGCUCGGAUAGGAGCUGCCCAGCCGCGUGCAGUGGCGCUGCCAUCCCUCUCGCUGGUAGAAGGUGUGGCCCGUCAGCGUUUGGAACUUCUCCAGCUUCGCAGGGACUGUUUGGGUGCCGCGCUUCAUGGCGAAGCGCUGGAAGAACUGCUGGUAGGUCAGCUUAGUGAGGUCCAU